AUGUCCGACAACCCUGGACCCGGGGUUCGCAACCUGCUCGCCAGGUUCGAAAACAGCAGCCCAAAUCCCGUCACCUCCCCGCCAUCGCGUGGCCGAUCCCCUAUCGGGUCCGAUACGUCGGGUUCGACCAGACCACUUUCCAGAGUCCGCGCAAGUUUUGUGAACGUGGAUGGUGCGCUUCAAUCCAACCAAGCCUCGCCUUUGAGAAAGGCAAGUGGACGAGGCGAGGGUGUGGCCGAUCUUUUCGGACCCAAAAUAGGGAGUGGGGAUAGUGUUGUGUCUGGCCGGGACAGUGUCGCGUCUCCCACUCCAAGUGGUGGCCAGGACAGCAUCCAGAAGCUGUCUCCCGAACUGCCUACAAAACAAACACCCGGAAAUACUGCCCAGAAUGGCACUGGAAAGGCAGAACUUCCUGUUCCAGCUGCUGAGGCGCUCUCCAAGCCGAAAGAGCUCCCUAUUCGGCAGAAGGAUUCUACCACAACAUCUGCACCUUCUACUGAGAACCUGAGCGCACCCUCACAGACUGUCAAGAAGCGCCCGUCCACUAUCGGCUCCACCAAGACGAGUAUAGCGACGAAACAAACGACUCCCGCCGCGACCUCGACCACCGCGAAAGCUGCCAGCGCCAGCAAGCCCCCUUACCUCGGGAAGCUGCUAAGGAACGGGCCACCGGUCCCGUUCGAAAGCCUAGCCGUGCUUCGCUCCAUCCAGCGACAAAGCCGACUGCGCGGUCAACUCGAGGCGGAAAAUGCAAAGCCAACAGCGAUCAGCAGUCCUCCCUUUGUCAAGCCUCGCCCCAAGUCACCUACGAAACCUGUGCGUUUGCCAGCUUCAAUGACAGCUUCAACCCAGGCAUCAGCGGCCAGGUUGGGGAACUCGCCUCCCUCGAACAGCACAACCACCACAACGCUCGCUCGAAAACCUUCGACCCUCAAAACUGCACCUGGCCCGCCGCGAGCAAAGACGCCCACGGCAUCCUCAGUGCGCAGACAAUCGUCUCGUCCCUCGCUUGCUGCCCAGCCAGCUGCUGAGCGACCAAGCUCUCGCGUCAGUGCCAAUUCUCGUGGUAGCGAUAUUGGUACUACCAAGCCGGUCAAUGACGGGUUCCUCGCGAGGAUGAUGCGUCCCACUGCCAGUUCCGCCAGCAAGACCCUCGAUAAACCCGAUGCGAAGGUCCCGGCCAGAGCCCCCUCCACGGUUAAGCCUCCCAGACCAUCGAUGGGAAGAGUUCCGGAGCGCAGUGCAUCUCAACUGAAGCCAAAGCGCAGCACGGCACCUCUUCACCCCCAGAGUGAGAAAUCGCAGCCUGUGAAGAAGGACGUGCCCAUUCCAAAGCAGGAACCGAAGCCCGCCCAGCCUGCUCCCGAAAGCGAGAAGGAGAAUGUGGUUGAGCCUCCAGCGGCAAUUCCAGAGGAGCCUACGCCUGUGGCUGCCGAGUCAGCUGCUCAAGAGAAGCCUGCCGCGCCUUUGGAGAAGGAGACCGCUGCUGCACUCGCUGAGCCACCUAUCCCGGAAAUUGCCGUGGAACGUGCUACAGAGGCCGUUGCCGAACCAAGUGAACCAGUAUCCGAGCCUGUUGCGGAGCCUCUGGUGGAAACUGCUUCGGAGAAGCCGGUCGAGACAACUGUUGCGGACACCCCUGUGGCGGCUCCUGCGGAGCCUCGAGUCGAGACCACGGCUGAGCCUAUUCCUAAAUCCUCUGCUGAGAGUCCGACUGAGACCCCAGUCGAGCCGAGCGCGGAUGAGCUCGAAGAGCAAGCUACCGAGCCCACAACCGCGACGGAGGCAGUGGAGGAAAACUCCUCUCCAGCACAUGUUGAGGAGUCUGGCACGGAACCAGUCCAGGAGUCAACCCCAGUCUUGGAGUCCACCGGUGAUGCUGUGACCACCACCAUCGAAGAGCGCGAAACCCCGAAGCCCGAAUUAGAUGCCUCCGAGUCGCAAGAGCGACAGUCCGGUGCUACUGUAUCGGAUUCAGCAACCGAGGCCACUAUUCCUGAACUUAUCACGGAGCCUGCAGAGACCAAGAGCAUUGACGACUUAGUGCCUGCUGCGCAACCAGAAACCGAGAGCAAAGAACAUGACGCGGAGCUCGACGUGACUGAACUGACAUCGAAUUAA